AUGGCUAAUCAAAUUGAUAAGGUUUUGAUUGACGAACUUGUUAUCUUAAAGAUUUUAAAGCACGCUAAAUCAAGCGAUGACAAAACAAUUAUUGGUUAAUUACACGGUUUUUACGCAGAUAAUAUUGUUGAAGUAACUCAUACUUAUCCUCUUGCAGACUCUUCAAGAAUAUCUAUUUCUCAAGCUGACUAUGAUCAUUAAAUGUCAAAGCUUAGCGAAGAAGUUCAUUUAGAUAACAAUAAAGUUGGUUGGUAUCAUGUAUCAAGCAAGAGCGAUAACUUUGUUGCUUCUGAUAGCUUUGAAUAAUAAUCUAAUUACUAAGUAAACAAUCCUAAUUGCAUCUACUUGAUCUACGACAAUUUGGAAGCUUUAAGAGGUGUUAAUAAUCCUUACAAGGCCUACAGAGUUAGCGAUAAAUACAUAGAUUUGAGUGAACAAUCUAAAGUUAGUGUUACUGAUCUUAAGUAAUUUAAUACUAAGACUGAUAAAAUAUUCAUUCCCAUCCCAGUCGAAAUUAGAAGAAACCCUCUUGCUGCUGCACUUAUUUCAGAAUACACCAAAUAAAUUUCAAAGAAGUAUGAAAAUCAAUACCAUUCAAGUUUGAAUAUCUCAAGUUUACUCCAAAAGAAUGCACACUACUUAAAUGAAUCUGUUGAACAAUUACAUGAAGCUAACACUAAUAUGAAUUUAGAAUUCAUGAAAAAAUCAAAGGAAAGUAAAUAUGAAAAGGAUAUUGAUCCUCUUAACUGGAUUGAUAAUUUGUUACUCUUAGAAAGAGUUCACACAUUAGCAGAUAAUAUUAACGAUCAAAGUAAAUUUGUUUCAGAAAGUACUUCUGCUUUGAAACAUAUUUCUUGA